AUGUCUGAGUACUUUGUUCAAUAUAUGAUAGUAAAUUUAUUAUUUGAAAAUUCUAAAUUUCCUGCUAGAAAAAGUACACUUCCUCACCUGACUGACAUAGUUGUGGUUACAAGAUGUUUCUCAGCACUUAAAUUGAUACAUUCUAAGACAAUUACAUUUGACAAUACUGCAAUACAACCUGAGAAAAUACAAAAUGUUGAUCAAUUUUAUAUAAAUUUACAUUGUGUCAAAGUUGAAAUUAAUAAACCCUCAUUUUCAAUAAUUGAAGUAUGA